AUGUGGGAAAGUAUUUAUGGCCGAUUUCCUGCAACAAAACAAGAUGCUCCAUUUGGUAAUGAUGAGAAUAAAAAUUUACUAGACGGAAAUCUGUCAGAUAACGAUAAUGAAGAGUAUGAAACUGAAAAUAAUGAACUAGAACCGAAUCCGAGGAAUCAACGAAAAAUUGACACAAAUCAAAAUAUUAGACCUUGGAAAAUACCCACAACUCAAAAUCAUUUAAUAAUUAUUGUGAAUGACGAGAAAAAUUUCGAUGAAGUUAAGCAAAAUAUAAAAAGGGACUUUUCAAGACAAGGUUUCAAUUGGAGUGAUGAAGAAGAAGAAUUACGCCCAUGGUGUUUUGGGUUAACAUCAAUACAUGUUAAAUUUAUUCAACCAAAGAUAAUUGAUUUGUCAAUACUUUCUUUAGCUUCAUCUAUACCUUUUUGGUUAACAUUUAAAAAAGAAAAAGAACAAAACAAAUCAGACGAUCAAAGGAGCAAAAAGUCAAUUCGUCAUAGACUCAAUUUAAAUUACGAUGUUUCACUUCGUUAUGGUGCAUUGACUAGUGUAAAUGAAUUUUUUUACGCACAAAACCAUUCGUUCGGCAAUAAUGACUACUUAAAUUGGUCGUUUUUUUUAAAUGAUCAAUUUAAUAAUAGUGGCUGUAUUGAUUGGAUCAUAGAAAAUUCUGAAACAAGAUUAAAAAAACAGUUAUUAAUUUCUAAUAUUAAUCAUUCUGUUAUCAUUGAUUCAGAUGAAGAUGGUUUUAGCUUAUAUAUAUGCCAAAAAUGCAACAUGAACGAAUUUAAGAGUAAGUCAACCGUAAACCAAAAUUAUCAUAAUAAUCGUGGAAACAAUUUUUCACGUCCACGUUCGAAACAUAACAAAGAAAAUGUUUUAAAAGAUGGUGUCCCACCACCAUCUCAUCGUCGGUCAAGCCAUGGACCUCGUAAAGCUGUACCAAUUGGCUCGACAAAUGAUGCAUACAAGUCUAAACCUCUUAAUACUGAGGGACUUCAUCAGACAAAUCAUCAAUCUCGACAACAACAAAGAGCCACUUAUGACCCACUUCAGAGAUGUAGUGAAGAUGGAGGUUGCUACUUUUCCACUAUUGAAUUUAGUAUGCGUUAUAAUCCAUUGCGUGUAAGAAUUCCUCAACAAAAUAUUAUCAAUGAAAUACAACAAAAGCUUUCAACACUUAUCGAAUAUUUCCUUGCACAAAGAAUAACUGUUUGUUAUGGAAAAAUUAAUUCAAAAAGUGGACCAACGCCUUAUUUAUUUUUUCAAGAAAGACUACCCGAUUUUCCGUCACUUAUAAUGAAAUAUUCAUGGCAAUUACUUUCUAUCGUUGGAUAUCGUUUACAAAUCCAAGUAUAUAAGGAAAAAUUCAUUGAAAAACUAUUUAAAUUGAGUGAAGAACAAUACAAUCCUGAUGAAUUAUUCUAUCGUGUAUGUGUUUAUCUUUCACGUAUAUGUUCACUGAAACCCUUUGCGAAUAUAAACGAUGAAUUACAACAUGCAGUUAAUGAAUCAACGAGAAAACGAACUGCUUCGGCUUAUGGUUUAGUUAGUAAAAUAGUUACUUCAAACGAAAAUGAAGCUUAUAUUCCAUCAGUUUCGUUAACACCAACAACAAUACGAAUAAAACCAUUAAAAUUAUGUCGAACAAAUCGAGUUCUUAGAGCUACUGAAAAAUUUGGUAGAUCAACCGAAAAUUUUGCUCUUGUUGAUAUUCGUGAUGAAAACGGUUCAGAUUUACAACCGCAUCAUUUUCAUCAUUUACAUGACUUUCUACUUAAGUUUUUGAAAUAUGGAUUUAUAUUAAUGAAUGAUAAUCGAGAAUAUAAAUAUUUACAUCACUCUCAAUCUCAAUUGCGUUCACGACAAUUUUGGUUCUAUCAUCAUAAUAAUUAUGACAAAGAUCCCAGCAGAAGAAAUUGCAGUUUUCAAGAAGCCUAUAAAUGGAUGGGAAAGUUUGAUAAGGAAAAUAAUCCAGCUAAAUAUGCUGCUCGUAUGGCUCUUUGUUUUACUACAACAACAGCAACUGUUCUGAUAAAAAAAUCUCUCGAUAUCCGAACGGAUUUUAGUUGUGUUCAAUUUCGUUAUAAUGGUGCCAAAGGGGUCGUUAGUAUUGAUCCUGAGAUGCCAGCAAAUACUGAUCUAGUUAUUCGUGAUAGUAUGGAAAAAUUCAAAACUGAUCAUGAGUUGUUUGAAGUAUGUAAACGCUCAGCACCUCGAGCAAACUUUCUCAAUCAACAAGCGAUUCUACUUUUAUCUUAUCGAAAAGUGCCUGAUUCAUCAUUUCUUAUACUUCAACAAGAAAAUCAACUAAGGCUUAUUCGGGCUCUUCUCCGAAAUUCUGAUGCAGAAAAAAUUAUCCUUGAAAAAGUUCCAACAUGGUUUUUGCCUAACGAUAUACAUAUGGCGAAUAUUGAUUAUAUUCAUGAACCAUUUUUUAGACAUUUACUUAUCAAUGCAUGUUUACAAUCAACAAGAGAUUUACUUAGAAAAGCACGUAUUCGAGUUCCACCAAAUAAAGGUCGAAAUAUGUUUGGUAUUGUUGAUGAAUAUAAUGUUCUUAAAUCUGAUGAAAUAUUUAUUCAAUACACAAAAAUUGAAGAUGGUCGACCUCGUAAUAAAACUGAAAUACUUGAGAAAUGUAAAGUUGUCAUUACAAAAAAUCCUUGCUAUCAUCCAGGCGAUAUUCGAACAUUUACGGCUGUUAAUCAUCCAAGAUUACAACAUUUGAAAGACGUUGUUGUUUUUUCACAACAAGGUGAUCGUCCAGCUCCACAUGAUAUAAGUGGAUCUGAUUUAGACGGAGAUGAAUAUUUAGUGGUUUGGCAUGAAGAUUUUGUUCCAUAUAAGACUAAGAACGCCGAACCAUAUGAGUAUGAUACAAAAAUACCUGAAAAACAGUUUCGUACACUGUAUAAAAAAGAAGAGGCUACUGUCACCAUACUAGAGAUAGCGGAAGAAGAUUACUUAGGACGACUUUCGAGAUUACAUUUAGCUUUUGCCGAUAAAUUUGGUAUUGAUAAUUUUACGCCACCAGCAGAAAAUACUUUGUCAACAGUUGCAUUAGCGGGCAAAAUUAGUCAAGAAGUUGAUNUAUCACAAUCAAAUAUUUACUUCCCAACAAUAUUACCUCAUUCCUACAUUUCAAAACCAGCUUUAUCAACACUUACAUUACCCUGCAAAAUUAGUCAAGAAGUUGAUAGUGGUAAAACUGGUUAUCAUCCAUUACAUGAUAAUGAUAUUAAAAAGUUGAAUAAUGCACUUGAAAAUAAACGACCUGAUUUUAUGGACAAAGCUGGUUUUGAAAUGUACGAAUCACCUAACAUUCUUGGCAAGUAA